AUGGAGGUGACCGAGAAGACCCGCGCUGAUGCUGAGAGAGUCCUCGCCGGAUGUUUUCAUGGUCCAGUCAAAUAUGUCGGCGGAGCCACGCCUACAAUUCGGAUUGUAAAGCUUGGACUAGAUUUGCAAAGCGCUCGCUUGGAAAAUAGCAAUUCCAACAUUCCGGUGCUAGACCACCUAACGGUCGCUGGCGACGUCAAGUUCGGCUCCAACAUUACAUCUAAGGGAACAAGAACAGGCAACUUGCGUAUCUUGGAUCACUAG